CUGAGUCUCACGAGCACACCAGCUCUUUUUCCCCGUCUGUGCAUCCUCUUGAAGCGUGUGAUCAGCGCAGCCGCUCCGCCGACAAGAAUGUCCAGCAAAACAUCACAAUAGUCGAAAACUGGUGAUAUAUCGGGAGAUGUGUGUUGCUGAAUGUCCAGCAAUUCGUCCCUGAUGAAACUGAUAGUGUGAAACUGACAAAAACAACUGCAGAGCACGUCACGGAGGCAGCCAUCCUGUAUCGGCGCCAGCGUAGUAAUCGUAGUAUUGUGGAGGGAAGCGUUGAUGAUGUGAGUGAGUGCAGGUACAAAUUCAGGAGAAAUGGCUUGAAGGAGAUGAGAUGGAAUUGGAUCAAGCGGGCAAGUUGUAGGGUGAUUAGAAAGGAUGAGUUUUGACACUUCUGCCUCAGAGAGUGAAGAGAAGGAUGUAAAUUAGUGUAAGUGUGCUGGUGAUAUGAGCUUGACUGAUUGUGGUGUGGAAAAUUGUGCACUAAUGUGUUUAAUUUUAUUAAUGAAAAACGUUGCAAAGUCGUCAGCUAUUAGAGAUGAAGCAGGAGGAGGAGGAGGACAAAGAUGUGAGGAAAAGGUUUUAAAAAGCAUGCGGGAGUUAGAUGAAUUGUUAAUUUUGUUAUGGUAGUUUGUCCUUUUAGCAGAGGAGAAAGAUGACAUGUGGAGGGGUAAGUGAUGUGUCAGGGAUCAUGUUGAGGUUAAGAGUGAGGAGGAAGUGAUCCAACGUGUGCAGUGGAGUAACCAGAACAUGAUCAGUAGAGCAGUUUCGUGUAUAAAUAAGGUCCAGUUAGUUGCCUGAUUUGUGAGUAGCAGUAGUUGACACUCGGUUGAGAUCAAAAGAGGCAAGCAGAGUGUGGAAAUCGGCAAACAGAGGUUUAUCUAGAUGAAUGUUGAAAUCUCCAAGCAUAACUAGGGGAGUACCAUCCUCAGAAAAGGUUGAGAGCAACACAUCUAAUUCAUGCAAAAAGUUACCCAGUGGUCCUGGGGGUCGAUAGACAACUAAAAAAUUUAUUUUAAAAGGGUAGGUAACAGUAACUGAAUGAGAUUCAAAGGAGCUGUUGAUACCCAAAGAUGGUAAAGGAUUAAAUUUCCAAUCAUUAGAGAUGAGCAGACCAGUACCUCCACCUCUUCCAGUCAAACGGGGGGAGUGGGAAAAUGAGAAAUUAUUGGAGAGUGCAGUAGGUGUAGCAGUGUCCUCUGGUUUGAUCCAGGUCUCUGUUAGGGCCAUGAGAUUGAGCUUUGAAUGACUAAUAAUAGAAGUAAUGAAAUCGGUUUUGUUUACAUCAGACUGGCAAUUCCAGAGACCAAUAGGAAAAGAAAGUAGUGUAUUAGCAGACAUAGGCAAAGUAUGCAGGUUGUUAAGAUUGCACUGUCUACAUUGCGUGUUGCAUGGUUUACGAGUGGUAAUGAUAGUAGGGAUCUGGAAACACAUAGUAAGAUUUGGUUAUAAACAAAAAACAACUGAAACAGAAAUUAAACAAGGAAAAGGAAAAAGAUUAAUAAAAAAAAACAUAUAUCCCCUGCCAGUGUCCCUGCCCGGUAGAGUCAUACGGUAGAGUCCAUGGUCUUUACACUCUUCGGUCUUCACAUCAGGAGGGCUUAACUGGAGGGCUGCCGCGACUGCUGCCGCGGUAUACUACUCUUUUUUUAAACCCGACAAAACUGAAAUUUAAUUCAGCUGAACGUACUUUACUGUUUAUCACAACAAAGGUCUGAGCAAGCGCACAACACUGACAACGUAUGCGAUAGAGUACGAGACCAAACGCAGCACGUCUCAACACCGUAAACAAAAAAGUGUUUCCUAGCAACGACAACUGCGCUAAACACUAAUGAGACAGGAAAUAAAUACACUUACGAUCUGCUUUUAACUCAUGCUGACUCACAGCAUAUUGCUGACACGCCAGAAAAAGGGAUCGAUUUCACAGCAACGUGAUAAGUUCAAUGUUAUAUCAAGAUGUUUUUCACCUUAUAAUGUGGCAUGAAACAACACUCAGUGUAAGAUUGAGAUGCAUUACCUGUGAUACACCAGCAAAAGCCAUGCUGAAGUGCAUCAAACAAUUCUCAGGUUACUGUGGCUGUGAUGAAUGCACCCAAAAAGGCAACUGGGAGGGGCGCAUCACUUACCAACAAGUCCAUGACCUCACUUUGAGGAACAAUGUCUCAUUUAGAGAGCAACACCAGCCAGAACAUCAUCACGAAAAUGCUGUGUCCCCUUUCAGCAAUCUCCAAAUUGACAUGAUCAAGUGUUUCCCUGCUGACUACAUGCACCAGUGCUGCCUGGGAGUGAUGAGAAAAAUGCUCCUACCAUGGUCACAGGGCAAGUCGGGGCAUCUGCUAUCGCCGGCUCAGCUGAGGGAGGUCAAUCAGAGGCUAAGGAACUUGAGAAGUGACAUACCCCAUAUUUUUGCCAGGAAGCCAUGCAGUCUGGAGGAAUUGGAGAGGUGCAAGGCCACUGAAUCCAGGCAGUUUAUGCUCUACACUGGCAAAGUUGUUCUCCGGGGAAUCCUGCCAGAAACCCUGUACAGUCAUUUCAUGGCCUUUAGUGUGGCUUUGUGUAUACUAGUGUCUCCACAUUUAACACAAACCCACAAUGUGUAUGCCCAUGAGCUCCUCACAUAUUUUGUAGAACAAGGCCGGCACAUAUAUGGGAAAGAAUUCCUAGUGUACAAUGUGCACUCACUGCUUCACCUCACUGCUGAUGCCACCACAUAUGGAUCAUUAGACAAAUGCAGUGCCUUUGCGUUUGAGAGCUCCAUGCACAAGCUGAAGAAGAUGGUUAGAUCAGGAAACCAUGUUCUAGUCCAAUCAACAAAACGGCUCCAAGAACGAUCACAGAUUCCUGUACAAACAAGUGAAGAGAAACCAAUACAAUUGAAACAUCCUAAUAAUGUUUACAUUGUUAGCCCAACAUCCUGCUGUGAAGUUCUGGAGAGGACCAACUCCGGAAAGCUCUUAUGUAGAGUCUUCUCGCACUUAACGUCGUACCUUUACGAGCCAUGUGACUCGAUGAUCUAUGGAGCCUGUGUAUGUGGUCCAUCAAAGAUGGAGAUCCUGGACAAGACAAACUUGCAAGGAAGGUCAAUGAUCCUUGAGGACGGGCAUGGCCGCAAAGUUGUCUUUUCUCUCCUUCAUGACCUUGAUUAAUGAAAUAUGGAAAUAUGUACAUAGUAUUAUUUAUUUUUUUCUGUCAUUGCUUUAAUGUCUUAACUUAGAUUUCUCUCUCUUUUCUAAAGAGUGUCUGUUUUUCUGUUUGUAAUGUAGGUUGGAUUUUACAUAGUUAUUUUUGAACAAGAAAAUGCAAUUGCUGUGGCGACUGCAUUAUGGGUAGAGGAGGUGAAUGGGGUAAGGGAACAUGCGCGCACACACACACGUAAUACCGGAAAUAACAUAUUCUCUGAAAUGUUUUAGGUUCUGAUUUGGCAAAGCCCUCCCAAAGUCCAGAUAAGGAGCUCUGGAAGCGGCACAAAAUAAGAAUACUCUCCCAGACUGACAGCCAGAGAACGAGGCAAAAAAGCUGUAGAAAGUUCAAACGUGGACACAGAAGAAGAGGUGCUAAAAGAGCGGGAAAAAAGUACCAUCAAAAUACUGGAGCGAGAGUUCAGGAGAAUGUGAGAUUCCUACCAAAAAAGAAGAAUAAUGUCCACAUCCUCUCAGAAGCCAUCAAGCCUCCCAAAGCCUCCAAGUU